GAAAGAAUGAGUAUGAUCUUCUGGUAAUUGGUGGAGGAUCUGGAGGCCUUGCUUGUGCAAAAGAAGCUGCUCAGUUUGGAAGGAAAGUGGCCGUUUUGGAUUAUGUGGAACCUUCUCCACAAGGAACCAAAUGGGGACUUGGUGGAACUUGUGUGAAUGUUGGCUGCAUUCCUAAAAAGCUUAUGCAUCAAGCAGCCCUUUUAGGGAGUGCACUUAAAGAUGCCCAACAUUAUGGCUGGAAUAUAGCCCAACCUGUUCAUCAUACUUGGCCUGUGAUGGCACAAGCUGUUCAGAAUUAUGUGAAAUCCUUGAACUGGGGACACAGAGUGCAACUACAAGACAAGAAGGUGAAAUAUUUCAACAUGAAAGGGAGUUUUUCUGAUCCGUAUACAAUCCGUGGUUUAACAAAAGCAGGUAAAGAGACUAUUGUUACUGCAGAAAAUAUUGUCAUUGCUACUGGAGGAAGACCAAAAUAUCCUACGCAUAUUGCAGGUGCACUGGAGUAUGGAAUCACAAGUGAUGAUCUGUUCUGGUUAAAAGAAUCUCCUGGAAAAACGUUGGUAGUUGGAGCCAGCUAUGUUUCACUUGAGUGUGCUGGUUUUCUAACAGGCAUUGGAUUGGACACUACAGUCAUGGUAAGAAGUAUCCCACUUCGUGGGUUUGAUCAGCAAAUGGCAUCUUUAGUAACUGAGCACAUGGAAUCAUACGGCACAAAAUUUUUAAAGAGAUGUUUCCCAACCAAAGUUGAAAAAUUGGAGAGUAAGAGAUUGCAAGUCACCUGGAAAAAUACUGACCUGGGCACAGAAGAAACUGAUUUCUUUGACACAGUGAUGUGGGCAGUAGGCCGAGCCCCUGACACUGAAACUCUCAAUUUGGAGGCAGUUGGAGUGAAAACUAAUUCUGAAACUGGAAAGAUUAUUGUUGAUGCCAGUGAAGCUACUUCUGUUCCUCACAUUUAUGCAGUUGGAGACUUAACAGAGGGCCGUCCUGAAUUAACACCCACAGCAAUAGCUGCAGGAAAACUGUUGGCUCAGCGUCUUUUUGGUCAGUCUUCAGAACUGAUGGACUAUGACAAUGUACCUACUACAGUUUUCACUCCUUUGGAAUACGGUUGUGUUGGACUGUCGGAAGAAGCAGCUGUGCAGUGUUAUGGAUUAGAUAAUAUUGAGGUAUACCAUGCGUAUUAUAAACCUUUAGAGUUUACAGUGGCCAAAAGAGAUGCAACUCAAUGCUAUAUGAAAAUGGUGUGCUUACGAGAGAGAGAGCAACGAAUACUUGGCCUUCAUUUCAUUGGACCAAAUGCAGGCGAAGUUAUUCAAGGAUUUGCUCUUGGAAUCAAAUGUGGUGCUACGUAUCCUCAACUAAAGAAGACAAUUGGCAUUCACCCUACCUGUGCUGAAGAAAUUACCAAGCUGCACAUUACCAAGCGUUCUGGCUUGGAUGCAACAGUCACAGGCUGCUGA